CCAGGACGCUUUUGCCAAAAAGUUACUUCCUGGAAUUUUGUGUUGAUUUAUUUCACAUUUGCCACCUGUAGACUCCAUCCUGUCCCCUCCGGCGAAGUAUUCUCAGUGGGCUGACUGUGUUCUCGACCGUCGGUGCAAAGAUGAUGCCAUCCGAUCGCUCACGCACAACAUUGUUGUAAUCCUCAUUACUGAAGUGAAACGAGACCAGCUACCAUCGGUUUUCUCUGGAGGCAUUGUCCUGCUGUAGGGCGAGUGAAAGAACCACGAAAAAAAGGAAGAACAUCUUGGACAAGUUUUAUGGUUACGUCUUCACGCAAACAUCAAGAUGCCUCCUGGAAGAAAAACCAAGGAGGGUGAUAAGAAGGAAGUGCUGGCCAACCGCUACCAGAAAGAGAAGAAGCUUGGUAGUGGCAACUUUGGAACAGCUUUCUUGGUCAAGGAUCUGAAGAAGGGUGGAGAAUUGAAAGUUCUAAAGGAGAUUCCAGUUGGUGACCUCCAGCCAGAUGAGACUGUAGAUGCUAUGUCCGAGGCCAGGUUGUUGUCCAAAUUGGACCAUCCUGGCAUCGUCAAAUUCCACGACAGUUUUCUGGAUGGGGAGUACUGCUGUAUAGUGUGUGAAUAUUGUGAGGGAGGAGACUUGGAUCAGAAGAUUACAAAAUAUAAGAAGGAAGGCAAACAUUUUGAAGAGAUUCAAGUGAUUGAAUGGAUUCUACAGUUUCUUCUUGCCGUCAAUCAUAUGCAUUCAAGGCGGGUUCUACACAGAGAUUUAAAAGCUAGAAAUAUAUUUUUGAAGAAUAAUAUGAUAAAAAUAGGUGACUUUGGAAUCUCGAGGAUUCUAAUGGGGACAGUGGACAUGGCUUCAACAUUUACGGGGACGCCAUACUACAUGAGUCCGGAAGUGCUGAAACAUGAAGGCUACAACUCUAAGUCUGACAUAUGGUCGGUUGGUUGUAUUCUCUAUGAACUGUGUACCCUCCAGCAUGCUUUUGAAGGUCAGAGUCUGAUGGGCGUCAUGUACAAGAUCGUAGAAGGAGAUUGUCCAGAAUUGCCUGACCGAUAUUCAAAACAGUUGGGAGAAGUAUUGAAAAAACUGCUCACCAAAGAUCCAGAAAAACGACCAUCUGCUCACGAUAUGCUACAGAUACCUUUUAUGUCUAGACAUUUGGGGAAAAUGAAGGACUCGUAUCUCGGCAAGAGAAAUAUCAAAGAGGAGACCAUUGUGUGUAAGAAAGAGGCCCAGGAAAUUGCCACACUCCUGCGAGAGAAGUCCUGCCUUAAAACCUUACAACAGGAGGAAGAGGAGAUUAAGUAUAAGAAUAUGUCGCCUCGUGAACGUAUGCGUUUACGCAAGAUGCAGGAAGCUGACGCCAAAGCCAAGAAGAUCCGUGAAGUUGCCUCGGCCAAUUUUCUUGCCAAUCAGACCCGUAAACAGACCAGAUUAGAAAUCACACAGGCAAGGCAGAAGGUUCCAUGGGCGCAGGCACAAGGAAGAGGCCGGGGGCAAGGUGCUGCCAGUCAAAGUUUGGGGCCCAAGUCAACGAUGAUGCAGCAGGAUAUCCGUCCAAAAACCACAGAAUAUUCCCGUAGAGUGCCCGAGUAUGCAGCACAUGAGGACUACGACGACCAUCAUUUGAGUCAUUCGCUUGGCUAUGAAAGAAAUAGCGACCCAUACUCGGAUGAUUACCACGAGCACACCAUCGUACAUCAAGACGAUGACGACAUCGUGUACAGCAAGCCCGGUUAUGGCGAGCCGGAAUACCCGGAUGAAAAUGAACAUACUCUAGUGGAGCGUACCCUGGUGGCGCGCCCACCAUUGCAUCACACGCUAAAUGUCGGCGGCGGAGACGAUCGGCCGAUCACGCCACUGAAGGAUAAGAUGAUUUAUGAUGUGGCGCAUUCCUCACUUGAUUUCAGAGAUGGAAUUCCAGAUGACCCCAAACUUGCUGAGACAUUUUAUGAGCAGUAUGACGACUUUGAAGAGAACCCCGAUGGAGAUGAUGACGGAUUUGGUGAGGGAACAUUGGGUGAUGACGACGAACUACAGCUUAUCAAUUAUAUGGAGAACGCACUUGCUUCCGAUGAUGCAGGUCGCACCCAGACUUUUGCUGAUGAUACGGUGUCUGGGGCUUUUGGACCAGCAGCAAGAGACAUCAAAAUCAAAAACCUUAGAGCUGAGUGUGAGAAGAAGAUGGGAAAAGCAGACUUCCAGAAGGCGUACAACUACUUGAAGAAGGCACGAGGGGAUAAGAAAAAACCCGCCGACGAAGGAACGAUCCAUAAGACGUUAAAGUCCUUGGUGAAAAAUCCCUAUGACUGUUUCUACGUUGAUCAGUUAUUAUUCCUUGAGGAGCAGACUAGCCUAGGAACCUGAGCUUGGGGUAGCUCGGUCGGGAUGUCUUGGAGGACGUCUGUCGACUGAAGUGAUUAUGCAUUCCAGCGUGUGAGAACAUUUAAAAUACUGACAACACCAAAAAUAGAGUGAAUUUUGGAUGAAAAUGGGGUAAAAUUGACAUGGGCUGUUUCUGUCUGAAGCAAAAAAUGAUUUAAAGCUCUGCUACCUGCAAUUUUCAUUGCAUGCAAUGAUUAUCGCUCAUUUUGAUUGGUGAUUGCAUCGACCUGUAUUCAAAAUCAAACCCAAUGAUUAUCGGUUUUACCCGUUGAUGAGGACCGAUUUGUUACAGAUACCAGCGAUUAUAAUCACAGGUCACAGUGACCUACAUCGCUUAUUUUACAAUUAAAGACAUAAAUCAGUAUAUAAAUCUUCUAAUUUCAACAAGUGUUUUACAACAUUGUUUGUAAAUAGAAGAUACUUUCUCUGGCUAAGAUAGUUUUAAAGGGAACUGAAACCGCCAAGCCAGUUCGUAUGACCUCGUUUUCAUUUCCCGCAUAUCGGGUGAUCAGAACGAGGCAAGAAUGAAACAUGGCGCCUAGCUGUCAAUCAUUGAGUGACGUCACUACUAUGGAAUUUACUACGAAAACUCAUGAAUGAAAGAUCGCAUGACUCACGCGAUUCUCAAACGAUUCUCAAUAAUAACAAAUUGAACUGCGCAUGCUCGGGCACUGGGGGCGGAGCUACAAAUCUGAACUCGAAUAGGAAGUUGGAAGUUUGACUUUCUCGGGCAGUGAAAGUCGAAAAGUUGAAUAAAUCGCUCGGCGGUUCCAGUUCCCUUUAAUCGUUAAAACUGUAUUGAACCAUCCUGAUAUCAGGCUUUUUGAUACUCCUACAUCCUAUACAGAAAUACUGAAAUUAUAUAUUGAAAAAAACUGGUGCCAGGAUGGUAUUGAACUAAGUUUUAAGAUACAUGUGGGAAAUAAUUUUCCCUUUGGUCUAAGUUGCAUUGUUCGAGCCAAUCGGAUUCCAUGAAAUGGAAUACAGCAGUUGACUGUGGUGUGUGGUUCAACAAUUUUUAUAUUUCAAUACGUCUCUUUCCUGAUCAGCGCCUCUAGUGGUGGAUUUCUGUUGAGGGAAGGCCAAAUGGCCAACUAAUGGGGUCAGCCUUUCAUGCUCCAACAUCAGUGAUGCCAGGCGUUGCAAUCAACAGAGGCUGAUCUCGUAACUUGAAGCAGUUCCGCUACUUCUUGGCAAGAAGCGCUCACCUGGAAAGAGGCGAUUCUGGGCAUCAUUGGGGUGCCUCUAGUGGGCUUGGGAAAUUCAGACCAAGACAAUUCUCGAUCAAAGCUUGUGUGCUUGAGGGAGGAUUCGUGUGAUUGUUUUUUGAUCUUGUCAAAGUAUGCACCAUUUUGCACAAAUGCCCCCACCUAUUUUUAACCCGUCAAAAAGACUUUUGCAGGACUAAGGGGUUUAGAUUUGUUUUUCUAUCUGUGUCAGAAUUGUUUCUAAGCAAUUCCGUAUGCUUUUAUAAACUUGUGCACCGAGUUGAGAUUCUCUUUGUAAUUGUGUUUAAACAAAGUUGGUGUUGAUAGACUUGUUGGAUAACAGCAGCAAGGAUGCGGGGGGGGGGGGAGGCUGUAGUACUGACAUUAUGUCCUGUAGAACACUUACAUGUAGCAAACAGUUUGUCGGUGGGAGCCAGUCAAAAUAUAAAACUCAGGGCCAAUUCUCCAGAAGACAGCACUCGGCCUACACCACACCAAUCGGAUUUUUUUUAUAAAGGAUAAUGUCAGGGGCACUGCAAAGUUUGGGGUAGUUCUCCUAUUGUAUUUAGGAGAUUAAAGUAAUGUUAGGCCCGGUACAGUAUCUAAUGGUACAUGUAGUACUGGCAGUAUGUCACUGUGUAUUUAUUUCAUUUUGCCCGACUUUGUCAAAACAUCAGAGCUUGUGAAUGCUUUGAAGGAUUCAUGUACAUUUAAACUCUUUCUCUUUCCCUUACGAAAAAGAUCUCGGAUUCACCGUGGUAAAAUCUGAAUUCCUCACGGUGAAUUCAUUUCACCAUGGUGAAUUCAUUGCUCCUGAUAAAGCAUUCACCAUGGUUAAAUCAGCGUUUACCAUGCUCGCCAUUGUGAAUGUAGAUUUUACCAUGCUCACCAUGGUGAAAUGUUGUCAGUUUACCACAGUGAAUUAUGGAUUUACCACGGUGAAAAUGAGACACAUUUUCCCUACUAAGGGGUAUGUACAUAACUAAUGUAACAGUAUUUGCUGGUCUUAAUUGAUAUCCCAAACAGAAACUGAUUUUGUUGUCAUCUUUGUACAUUCUGAUGAGAGAGAUGUUAAAGGGACUAUGUCGUAACUUUGGGAUGGUUCAACGACUGUACCAACAGGUGGUCCGAGUAUCUAAUAUGGGGGUAUUUUUUCACUUUGUAUUUAAAGGUGUCAAUAUGCAAUGAAUCCUUCAUUUGAUUCUGGCCCUUAUGAGACACUUGUUUAUUGUAAGACCAUUGACCUUUUAUAGCCAUUAGUAUAGGAUCAUUUGUCAAAAUUUGGGCCUGUUUGUGCAGUUGUCAGUCUGAGGAAUGACCGAAUGCUAUUGAAGCCUGCUUUAUGGGCUGUUCUAUGUCGGUGUUGAUUUUGAAUAGUUUUUCAGGUUGUGUCUUUUAAUAGUGAAAGGAUCACUAUAAAUCAUGUGCGUACCGUCCAUUUUUUUAUGAACUUUAGUAGAUAGAUUAUACUUUGCUGGAUUCCUGCCUCAAUGAAAAUGCAGUACAGUUUACUGCACCUGCAUGGCACUGGACUAUCUAACCAAUUCGAUUUCUGUAUGAUAUUAUUGUAUGUGUCAAUCCGUCUGCAAUUGUGAACUGAAUGAAUAAUUAA